AGACACCUACAGUUGUACUUCCUUCUGGGCCCAGCCAGGCGAAAGGCGAUAAGAAAUUGAAUAGGCCCACACAGAAACAGUGUUUUCGUACCUGUAUUGGACGUUAAUUUCUCUCGCGGGGAUUGUUUUGUGUAGAGGACAAUGGCUCGGGGUCAGCAAAAAAUCCAGUCCCAGCAGAAAGCAGCUGCAAAGAAAGCAGCCGAUGCCAAGAAGGGUGGGAGCUUCCAGGAUCAGAAGAAAGCAGCAGCAAAGGCCCUCACUCACAGUUGUCCUGUGUGCAAGGCCUUGAUGCCAGACCCAAAGACAUUCAAGCAGCAUUUUGAAAACAAACAUCCCAAGGCCCCUUUGCCUCCUGAGCUGCAAGAGGUGUGACGACAGAUGGUCCAAUAGGAUGGAGCUAGUCUGCACACAUCAGCACAGUUGACCUGCUUGUCUGACUUGACUGCGGGGAAAAGGGUCGAUUGUUUCCCCUCAUCUCAUCCAAAUUCUUCAUUGUUACGUUCUGUGUGUAGUACGACUGUUGAUCUGUUCUUCUUGAACGUAUGGGUGUAUUGUCUCGCAAAAGUUUUUGUCUGUCUGUCUCUGCAAAGCUUGCUAUUUGCAGUA